AUGGACAUGAAUGGCCUCAUUGAAAACAAAAACGUUUCGCCUCGACUUCUUUGCCGAGGAAGCGAGCUGCCGAACAUAGUCGUCAGUUCAGUCUACCUGUGCAUGGCUAUCUCGGCUAUGGUGUUGAAUGGCCUUGUUCUUACAGGUUUGACCCACCUCUCCUAUUCAUCAAGCUCAAAACGGUUUCUGGGCAUCCGUAGAUCGUGCAAUAGAGGUCAUCCACGUUUUAGGCCAAAAAACCUGCAACAUGCAAGGAGCGUUAAGAUCAUACGCAUUCAUGCUUCCGAUGUAGAAGACACUAACCCCUUCACACCCAAUGGAACCUCCUUAAAUACAUCUGACACGAAUUAUCAAAAAGAUUCGACGAUUCAUCGAUCACCCAGUUGUCCAGGCCAAAUGUUCUAUCUCUGUGGUCCGCAAAAGCGUUUUACUGCGACGGAAUCAAAUUAUUGGCUGAAUCAGUCGAAUGUGGGGCGAAAGAGGUCAGUGAAACAGUGCCCUCAACCGAAGGCACGUCUUACAACAGCUCUUCACCUUGUCUAUUCUCUCAUUCUCGCUGACUUACUGAAUGCAACAACAACAUUACUGAAUUUGCUACUCGAUUUUUGGAGCCCUAAUCAUGCCUUCGUGACCACUUCCAAUACCAUUUCUUUAAUUGAGACUGUUGAACCCUGCACGCGCUUAGUUCUGUCGAUGCUUCUUUGCACCGCCUACAACGCAUCUCUCUGUAGCAUAGCCGGUCUCAUGUUGGAUCUUUAUCUCGGGGUGGUGCGUCCCAUGCACUACUAUAUGCUGCCAAAAAGCACACUUCUCAGGUAUUUGUACGGGAGUUGGGCUUUUGCUCUUCUUCUCGGCUGCCAGCAACUAAUUCUUCCUGCCUUCCCGGAAAGGGACAUAAAUGCACCAAUAUAUCGAAGAUUCCUCCCACCAACCGAACCCUGUGACGUCCUUCACUACUCUAAUAAUCUAAAUUUCUGCCUCGUUCGUGGAACAGCAAACACCUUUCGCAGUGGAUUCGUCAGUGGUGGAUUCCUUUUUAUCUGCAUAAUCAUGAUGAAUACACUAUGUAUUUUAUCAUUGCGAAAGGUCCGCAAGUCCUCACUCAAUCGAACUCGUACAAUGCGAGCCAUGGACACGCACAGAAGCGUCUCUCUUCCGACAAUUAAUAGAGUCGACGGGGUCUCUUCCCCUCUCCACGGUUCCAAAAUUGUGCAUCUUACUACACCAAGGACCGCCCCUCUGUGCACCGGACGAAAGCUUCUUCGCAGCACAUUUACGCUCCUCUCCCUCACAGUACUCUUCGCUGUCUUCUACCUCCCAUCCUUAACUUUAGACGCCUACUUUGUUCUUACUGGUAAGAGUCCGGAUUUGCCACCUUGGAUUUUCGACCUUGUCACUCAUAUGCCGGUCUUUGUUGCGCUGCUAAAUCCUAUAGUCUACUCUCUGCGACUGACCGAUAUCCACAUUGGACUGCACAACUUCAAGAAACGUCUCUUAGCUCGCUCUGAGAAAGGUUUUUUGCUGAAGCAGUUGCGUCUGCAUCAUGAGCAGGUUCUCGUCAGCACAAAACUCACCGCCCACCUGCAGAUACGCCUGCCGACCAGGGAUACCGACGUCGCCUCAUGCAAUCAUUGA